AUGCGGGUCUCGCCUGUUCCCCCGGGGUCGUGGCUUUGUCCCCAGGCACAACCUUGCGAAACAGCUUACAGAAUUGUGUCCUUGGGCCGAAAUGACUUAGAUAUAUACCAAUACCAGUUGCUGGAACUUCAGCAAAGACUAUUGUAUGCUGAAAAGGAAAAUAUAAAAAGAUCACAUGAACUGAGCAGUGCCUUAGAUGAAAUUAAACAUAUAGUUGCAAGAAGAAUGAACGUGACAAAAAAUCACACAGGAGAUAUCAAGUGGAAAGACUUAAACCUCCCCAGAAAACUCCCCAUGCAUCUUACAAAUAUGUACUACUAUCUCCCUCAUCUUCGAGAAUAUGUAGAUGCAAUUUUCCCAAAUGUUAUUUUUGGGCAACAGAGAACUGGAGUCUCCCUGGUGAUGGGUAUUCCUACGGUGAAAAGGGAAAAACAAAAUUAUCUGAUUGAUACAUUGCAUUCCCUACUGUACCAACUAUCUGAAGAACAAAAGAAGGACUGCAUAAUAAUCAUCUUUAUAGCAGAGGUGAACGCAGAGUAUGUUAAGAGUGUUGCAGAAAGUGUUAAAACCAGCUUCCCCAGAGAAGUCCAGUCUGGAGUCCUAGAGGUCAUUUCUCCUUCUGCUUCUUAUUACCCGGAUUUUUCCAACCUGGAGAAAACACUUGGAGAUUCUGAGGACCGAGUAAGGUGGAGAACUAAACAGAAUUUGGAUUAUAGCUUUUUAAUGCUAUAUGCUCAACCUAAGGGAACAUUUUAUUUACAGCUGGAAGAUGAUAUUAUAGCCAAACCUGAUUAUAUUGAAAGUAUAAAAAGCUUUGCUGCUCAACAGUCCCAAGACUGGAUGGUUCUUGAGUUCUCACAACUUGGAUUUAUUGGAAAAUUGUUUAAAUCAGAAGACUUACCACUCAUAGUGGAUUUUUUUCUCAUGUUCUAUAAGGAUAAGCCCAUAGACUGGCUUAUAGACCACCUGCUGUGGGUUAAAGUGUGCAAUCCAGAAAAGGAUGCAACACACUGUGAAAAGGAAAAGUCAAAGUUACGUAUCCGCGCUAAGCCAUCUCUCUUUCAGCAUAUGGGAAUUUAUUCAUCAUUGGCUGGGAAGAUACAGAUUUUGAAAGAUAAAGAUUUUGGAAAAAAUCUAUUGUAUAAAGCACAUAAUAAUCCACCUGCAAAACUGGAUACAAGCCUAAGAAUAUACCAGCAAUAUACUUUGGAAAAAGUUUAUAAAGGAGAAGACUGUUUUUGGGCUUCAGCUCCAGUGGCAGGUGACUACAUCAGGUUCACAUUUAUAAAUCCACUAGAAGUUGAAAAGUACUUGUUCAGAAGUGGAAACCUGGAGCACCCUGGUGAUAAACUGUUUAACACUACUGUGGAAGUGUUGCCAGCUGAUGAAACACUAAGAAAAGAAUUGCAUUACAAUGGAAAUAAAUUUAACUACCCAGCAACCAAAGCUGGAUAUUUAAAAAUAGGGGCCUUUGAAAAUGGCAUUGCAGAAGGAAACAUCAAUAAGUCAAUUGGAAGAAUACAGGCUAUUCGUUUAUCAGUCAGUUCUGAUUCUCCAUUCUGGGCAAUACUGAGUGAGGUAUUUAUCAAGACAUCUGAAAACUGA